CUGAUUUGUGCGCAUGUGCGACGAGGAUGGGUCUAUCGAUGGAAUCAAGAUGGCGACUCUGGCGAAAGCGCCAAUAUAUUUACUGAAGUAGAUGUCCCAAAUUAACCGCGUUAGCGGGUUUUCUCAAGCCCCUAAGGGGUUCCGUGAAACAUGAAGACUGGGAGUAUGUUUUGGAAGAGGAACUGACCGGGAUUAAUACCGUAACAAAGUCAGCGAGAUGUGCGAGAGCUAUGCCCGCUCGCUGCUGCGUGUUUCGGUGGCGCAGAUCUGCCAGGCUCUGGGCUGGGAUGCGGUUCAGCUCACUGCGUGCGAUCAGCUGUCCGAUGUGCUGCAUCGAUAUAUCCAGCAGUUGGCCAGGGUCUGCCAUCGGUACUCUGAGCUCUAUGGAAGAACAGAUCCAGUCCUGGAUGAUGUCAGCCAGGCUUUCAGACUGCUGGGGGUGAGUCUGAGUGAACUGGAGGAUUACGUCCACAACCUAGAGCCUGUGCCCUUCGCCCAACAAACGCCGCUCUUUCCUGUCAGCAAAAACAACGUCCUGCAGUUUCCCCAGCCUGGAGCCCGAGAUGCAGAGGAAAGGAAGGAUUACAUUCCAGAUCACAUGCCACCCCUGGUCUCCUUACAAGAAGAAGAGGAGGAGGAAGAAGUCCUUGCUGACAUGGGCACCUCAGCCGAAGCUAUGCAGGUGGCACUGGAAGAGGAUGAGGAGGAAAUGGACGAAGAUGAGACGGUCAACGAUGAGAACCAUCCACUGAAGAGGCACCUGGACAGUCCUGAUGCCGCUAUGGGCAUGAUGCCUACCUCCAAGAGACCACGCAUGUACCCUGGCCUCAGCCCAGAAUGGGGGGUUGAACCCAGGGAGCCCCUUACCUCUCUCAACCCUCAACGUGUUCCUCCAGGUAUGCUGCCCUCUCAUGAUAGCCUUGACCCCCUGUCACCUGAAACACCUUCUGGAGCCCUGCCUUCCUUCAGACCUCAGCCGGUAGUACCAAAACACUCUGAUCAAAAGGGCCUCAACACUCCAGGAAGAAAGCCUAAGGUCUCAUCCCCUGGCAGACAACGGACUAAGUCCCCUAAAGGGGUUAUUCCUGUUCCGGUGGGUGGUAGUCCCAUCCAUUCUCCAAAACCGUCUAAGGAAAAGAAGAAAUCCCCAGGGAGGACGAAGAGUCCUAAAAGCCCCAAGAGCCCAAAGGUGGGUUCAGCCAAAGCAUCCCAACCGCAGAGCAAGACCGAUCUUGUGCAUAAGCUACCGCUGUCUGCGCUGAGUGAGCGGAUGGGCAAAGAGAACAUCCAUAUGCGUCAAAAUAUAGAGGACCGGGAGUUAGCUGAGGGCCCUUUCAAGAAACUAGAGCCUGAUAAUGCAGCCAUCGAUGACUCCAUUGAUGCUGUGAUUGCCAGAGCUUGUGCUGAGCGGGAGCCUGAUCCUUUUGCUUUCUCUUCGGGUUCUGAUUCAGAUAGCAAUGGAUUCUCCAGCCCCAGGAGGCUGACCAUAAUGGAACCGUCUACACCUAAACUCUUGAUUGGGGGAAGCAUCUCUGUAAAAGACACAUCAACACCACUUCACCUACAGGCACACACAGGCCUAGGAAAUUGGACUAUGGAUGAUUCCAUCAAUGAGGUGAUCCGAAAGGUCAACCAGGGGGGUCCGUCCGCUCCCCCACCGAACCAAGGAGACUGUGUCUCAUCAGGAUCGGCCUCCCCACCUACUCCUGAACCUUUACUCAAGGUGUUUGAGGAGAAGAACAAGAUUGUGUCAUCAGUAGAUGUCAAGAAAAAGCUGAAGAAGGAGCUCAAAACUAAAAUGAAGAAGAAGGAGAAAGACAAGCCGAAAGACAAAGACCGAGAAAAGGAUAAGGGCAAGCUGAAAGAGAAGAACAAGGAUAAGAACAGGGAUAAAAACAAGGACUUUUCCAAGGAUGGCAAGAUGCCCUGGAAAGAGUUUGGAGUGAAGGAUGAUGAGCACUUCCUUCAGCGAGACUUUACUCUGCCUGAGGGCUCCAUCAAGAUAAAAACCAGAGAUGGAGAUGGACCUAAGAAGGAGAAGGAGAAACACAAAGACAAAAAGAAGGAUAAAGAAAAAAGUAAAAAGGACAAAGAUAAGAGGGACAAGGGUAAAGACAGGAGCAAGGACGACAGGCAGAAGCAAUCUGCGUUAGCCCCCUUUGCUCUGGGUGAAAUCCCACAACUGUUCAGCCCCUCUGCCUGCCUGCGCAUCCCCUCCAUGCUUCCUCCUUUGGCCCCGAUCCUCCAGGAUAAGGACAUAAAGAGCAAGGAGAAGGACAAGAAGAAAGACAAGAAGGAGAAAAAGAAAAAGAAGGACAAGGAGAAGGAUAAGGAUAAGGAGCGAGAGAAGGCCAAAGAAAAGGAGAGGGAGAAAGAAGAGAAGCGGAAAGAAAAGGAGAGGGAAAAGGAAAAACGAGAAAAGGAGAAAGAAAAAGAGAGAAUUCGAUUGGAGAAGGUGAAAGUAGAAACUCCAGCAGCUCUACCAUCUCCAGUCAUCCCCAGACUGACGCUCAGGGUGGGGGCAGGCCAGGACAAAAUUGUUAUCAGCAAGGUGGUUCCAAAUUCAGAGCCCAAGACGCCAGCACCCAAGACCCCAGCGGCCAAGUCUGGACCUGGGAAUCGCCCUCGGACGCCCCCACCAACCCCAGUACUCUGCCCAGUCGUACCCACUCUGCCCCCAGCUCCCUCUCCACUUCCACCAGCGCCUGCCCCUUCAUCGUUGCUCUCCCCUGGCCCUAUGCUCUCUCCCGCUGCAUCCUUCAAAACACCGGUCCGCAGCGUAGUAACUGAGACUGUCAGUACCUAUGUGAUCCGAGAUGAAUGGGGUAACCAGAUCUGGAUUUGUCCUGGAUGUAACAAAGCUGAUGAUGGCAGUCCCAUGAUAGGAUGUGAUGACUGUGAUGAUUGGUAUCAUUGGCCUUGUGUUGGGAUCCUUACAGCCCCUCCUGAGGAUCAGCAGUGGUUCUGUGUUAAAUGUUCCAGUAAGAAGAAGGACAAAAAACACAAGAAAAGGAAACACAAACUGCAUUGAGACUAUGCAAAAAAGCACAUAUUUUGGACUUUUUUGGACUUGAAGCCAUCACUGAACACUCGUGGCACUGCUGUAAAAUAAAAAAAGAAAGUUUAAAAUUGUGGCUGAUACUAACAUCUGAUGAUUUUUUUAAUGAUGUCAGCCAUCAUGCAUUGUGAGUUGGUAAGAAAAAAGGCUUAAACCAGCACAUAUCCAGCCUUAGUUCUCAUGUGGUUUUUCCUUUUCACCUGUAAAUUGUUUACUUGUUGAUUUGGAUGUCCGGUCUUUGGAGAUCAUGACAAUUAUGUUUGUAUAAGGAGACCAUGACAAUUUGUCCAAGAUGAGAGCUCAACAAAGCAGAGAACCAGAGAACAACUAACAUCCAUUGUCUUUAUUUCUGUUCUGUGGCCGUUUCUUUUGUGGCAACACAAAAUGAAUGACCGCCAAGUCAAACCUUAACCCCAGUUUUCUGCAGUAUCAUUGAAAUGUCAUGUAUAUAAUGAUGAUGGCAUCAGGUGUGUAUAAAUGUGUCAAUACCAACUUCCAAGCCAAGUACAUUUUGUUCUUAGGUAUUCUGACUUGUUAAAUCCAUUUUCAGAUAUUUUAACGCAAAUGAUUUUCUGUAAUUUCUGUACAUUUUUUAAAUUUAAAGUUUGUAUUUUUAUUUUUUCUUCAUAUGGAUUUGUCCUGGAGUUAAUACUGUAGCUGUGCUUGUUAUGUAAUUCAUUUCGCUGAUAUUUCAAUAUUAAAGAUGAACAGUCUGUGUACUCACAGACUUUAAGAUGUAAAUCUCAUUACCAUCAAAAUUCUACCUGACAUUUAACCACUUCUGUGCAUCCUUAUUUUGUUUUUAACCUGGACAGACAUAUCUACAUUUUUUCCAGUAGCUGAUUGGUUGUGUUUGCUUGAAAAAAUAGAAUAGAUUGGAAAUAUUUUAACAAACCAGUGUUGAAUUUUGAGCCUGCUAAUUUCAGACAGUGUGCAGUUGGUUACAAAUCAAAUCCAAGAUCCUCUCUUGCAGCAGUCUGUGCAAUGCAUUAGCCUAGAUUUGGGACUAUUCUGCUGAGUUGUCAUCCUGCACUUCACCUACGUGAGAUAUGUGGUGGAGUGCUUGGCAGUCACUUUGCACAGGGUUGCGUUUCCAAAGAUUGAUUGUGGAUUGUGCGCUUUUCUCUUAGAAUUGUGUCUGACAAUGUCUCCUGUGCCAUUUGCAGCAGAGUUGUUUUUGCUUUUCCCCUCAAUGACCACAUGGUGUCAUUCUUUAUGCACAGACACUGUAGCAUGCUGCUCAUGACAUGUACAGACACCACGGCAUGCUUACAAAAAAACAGCUCACAAACCCCGUUAUGAAUGUAAGAAAUGUGACAGGUAGCUUAAUUGAUGCAUGUGGAAUCCUUAUCUUGCAAGUAAAACCAGCUCCAGAAGUGCCAUCAUUCAUGGAAGGACCCAUAGACUGGAAAUAGGAUUUAUACCCUUCCAGAAGACUUAGAGUUCUAUAGAAGAGAAUGUGAGAUUGUAAAUUGUGUGUCCCCAUUUAUCAGUGGAAUAUAAUUUUGUGUGGGGCAGGUUUUGCAUGUUUGAUCUAACCUUUUCCAUUCUUUGAAGUCAAGUGCUGUUUUGCAACUGUUAUAUCUAUAGCAGAAGGUUUUAUUACCAGUCAAGUCUGACUUCACAUUUUGAACUCUGAAAGGUUUAGAUGUUUAUCAGAUUCUCUGUGCUUUUAUUCAUUUCUGGGAACAGUCAGUGCUGGCUGGACCUCAGAAAUCUACUCAGUUGAUAUUAUAGCAUAUCAGAAAUGUAUUUUGGUGCAAAACCAUUCAAUAAUUUAUAAGCCGUAGCAGUACUUUAAAAUCAAUUAUUUGACAGAGUGGUGCAUUGUUCUGAAUGAGCUGUCAGAGAGCUCAUAGGAAAACCUGAGAAAAGCUCAUUAAAGUGAUUCAACCUUC